UGUGUGUGUGUGUGCGCUGUGGAUGUGCUACAGCAGCCAGUGAGACCGAUACUACCGGUUUCUGUCUCCUCGAGGUGUGUUCAGCGGCGUGACCCCACCAGGAACACGGAAGCCGCGCACCUGUGAGCUGACGUCACACGCUGAGAGUACCUGCAGCUACACGUCCAGCUGAACUCAGUUACUGAAACUAGCUUCACGACGCGAGACAAAGGAGCCACGACGACUGUUCGCUGAGGGAUAUAUCCAGCAUUCGUUUCCACUUUUUGUGACUUUCAUCGAGAGGAAUAGAGAGAAAAGGACAAAUAAGCAGAUGGGGACCGCUUGGCUCGCGGCUGUGGGCAUUUUAUUCGUCGCUUUUCAGGCCUUAGAGAGCACAGAGGAGCCAAAAUGUGUACCUGGAUUCAAGUCAGAUGUGUUGAUCUUCAGAGUGACCAGAAAGCACCUGGGGCCGGGUGCAAGGCUGGGCAGAGUGGGCUUCAAUGACUGCACAAACCGCACAACAUUUCUUAUCAUCAGUAAUGACAGACGUUUCAUCGUACAUCCAGAUGGGAUAUUGAUGGUAGCGAGAGAGGUUUUUCUUCAUGAAGGACACCUUGACUUCUUUAUCCAUAUUUGGAACUCGCAUGGUAAAAAAAUUACAGUUCCUGUCAAGGUAGUGCACCAUGGACUUCACCGUGGGCAUCACCAAAGGGAUAACCACGGGCAUCAGCUUGUGCAUCACCAAGGGGAAAACCAUGGGCAACAUCCAGAGAGAACCCAUGGGCAUCACCAACAGAAAACUCAUGGGCAUCACCAAGGGAAAAACCAGGGAGAUCAUCAUGGUCAUUCACAUUCGCAUCACCAAGGGAAAAACCCGCUAAAUGUUGAGCAUCACCUCGGAGAGAACAGACACCACAACAAUCAGCACCACCUGAAUGAAGUGGACUCUGCUAACAAAACAGAGAAUGCAACCACCCCAGAGGUGCCUGUUUUGAAAUUCCCCAAGUCUGGUGUUGGAUUGAAGAGGAGGAAGAGAGACUGGGUUAUUCCUGCCAUUAAUGUUGCUGAAAAUCACAGAGGACCCUAUCCCUUUAAAGUAUCUCAGAUCCGUUCUAAUAAAGAUGAUGUGAAGACGAUAUAUUACAGAAUCACUGGUCCAGGAGCUGAUAAGCCUCCCAACGGCCUUUUCACAAUGGACAGGAUCACUGGUAGUUUGUAUCUGACACAGCCUCUAGACAGAGAGAAGGUGGACAAGUACACGUUUCAAGCACAUGCCGAGGCAGAGGGGUCACGAAAUGCCGAGGAGCCGAUGGAUAUUGUAGUGAAUGUAAUAGACCAGAAUGACAACAAACCUGCUUUUUUUCAAGAUACAUUUCUGGGAGAAGUUCCUGAAUCAUCACCAACAGGAUUUGAGGUGAUAACGGUUGUGGCCACAGAUAUCGACGAGCCGGAAAAUGCAAAUUCGAUUGUUCGUUAUCGUAUUCUGACCCAGGAUCCAGAGUUUCCCAGUGGCCCACUGUUUGCGAUCAACCCAGUCACUGGAGCAAUCAGAGUCAAUGCCCGUGGGCUAGACAGAGAGAAACACCCAAAGCACACUCUGGUGAUAGAGGCAGCAGACAUGGAGGGAGAAGGGUUGACUGUAACUGCAAAAGUAAUCAUCACUGUAUCAGACAGCAAUGACAACCCUCCAGCUUUCACUCAGUCCACUUAUGAUGCAACGGUACCAGAAAAUAGAGUGGACGCUCUGGUCAUUACGAUGGCAGUAACAGAUGGUGAUGAGCCACAUUCACCAGCCUGGAACGCCAAAUUCAAGAUUGUUGAUGGUGAUCCUGGAGGCCUGUUCACAAUCGCAACAGGAAGUAACAAACAGGAAGGGAUCAUUACUACUGCCAAGGGUCUUGACUUUGAAAUGCUCCGCAAGCACACUCUGUUGGUUGCAGUGGAGAAUGACAUCCCAUUUGCUACUCCACUGCCUACUGCCACAGCCACAGUGGUGGUGAACGUGCAGGAUGUCAACGAAGCUCCAGUCUUUGAACCAGUUGAAAAGUUUGUGUCCAAACGGGAGAACCUUCCUGUUGACAGUGACGUGGUGCAGUACAUUGCUUCUGACCCGGACAUUGCACGCAAACAGACAGUCAUGUAUAAAAUAAUCAGCGACCCUGCAGGCUGGCUGAACGUGGCCAAGGACACAGGCCUGAUUAAGGUGAAAGGGAUCAUGGACAGAGAGUCACACUUUGUCAAGGACAGCAAAUACACAGCACUCAUUGGUGCAUACGACAAUGAUGAAGUCCCGGCCACAGGAACUGGUACUCUGAUUAUACAGCUUGAAGACGUUAAUGACAAUGCACCCAUAAUUGAAGAACGUACAAUAAAGGUGUGUUACAAGGAAUCGGCUCCUCAGCUGCUUUCAGUAACAGAUAAAGAUGGACCUGGCUUUGCUGCUCCAUACAGUGUCUCUUUACAGGGCAUGUCCAAGAACAACUGGACCGCUCGGAUGAAUGAUUCCAAAACGGGUAUCGUACUUACUUUAAACACUGAGCUGGAAAGUGGAGAAUACAUUGUGGUCCUGAGGCUUAGAGACAACGAUGGCAUGGAACAGGACAACACCGUCCAGGCCACAGUGUGUGACUGCACAGGAAAAAUUGUGUCCUGUUCAGGGCGAAUUGCUGGUGGGAGCAGCCUGCCCAUGAUUCUUGGAAUACUGGGAGGCAUCCUGUUGUUGCUCAUGCUUGUGCUGCUACUACUGCUGUUUGCGAGACGGAGAGGAGGAGAAAAGAAGGAGCCUCUCCUGCAGGACGAUGAUAUCAGAGACAACAUAUAUUACUAUGAUGAGGAGGGAGGUGGAGAGGACGAUCAGGACUAUGACCUGAGUGUUCUCCACCGUGGUCUGGACAACCGGCCAGAUGUGUUCAGGAACGACGUGAUGCCAAACUUCAUGCCGGCUCCUCAGUACCGGCCUCGCCCUGCCAACCCAGAGGAAAUUGGCAACUUCAUUGAUGAUAAUUUGAAGGCAGCAGACAAUGACCCCACAGCGCCCCCCUAUGAUUCCCUGCUGGUUUUCGACUAUGAGGGCGGUGGCUCUGAUGCAGGAAGCCUCUCCUCACUGAACUCGUCGAGCAGCGGAGACCAGGACUACAACUGCCUGAACGAAUGGGGACCCCGCUUCAAGAAACUGGCAGACAUGUAUGGCGGAGGAGAGGAUGAUAUGAUGUAAAUGUACCAAAGAAAAAACUAUAUGUUAAGGUGGAUGCACGUAAGGCUGCGUGAAUGUUAGUUUGAUCGACACAUGGACUGAUAAGAAUGCAUCCCAGGAAAACUACUCUCAGACAGACAUCAGUAGGCUCUUGAAUGUUGUUUUUUCUUUUUGGGGAUUGUGGUUUACCUUACAGUGCAGUCCCAUCAGCAGUUAACAGCCACCGCUCAAAGCCAGGGGAUGUUGUUUUUGAUUUGCUUUGUACAGGAGUUCCCCAUUUUGACUGGUUUAGCUCUGUCUUUUAGAUCCCUGUUUGACCUCUAGGCUAAAGACAAAAUCUGCUUUGUUUAUUCUCUGUUCACUAUGUUCCGGAGGCACAUGUUCAGUCUAAAUAUGGAUUUAGAUGCAUUAGCCUGCCUUUAUGCUGGGUGAAACUGGACACACACACAUGCUUGUAGUUGCACUGGUAACAUGUGUAAAUUUGGCAAUUUAUGGUACUUUAAAUUUUGUACAAUUACAUGUCAGUUUUGUUUUUCUGUUUGAGGAAUGAAAUUAUAUAUAAUCAAAGCAAAAUCCAGGUAGCCAGCUAACUGUGGUCAUGAGUUAUCAAUAAAUGCUUUUUAAAAAUCAUUGGUAAGUAUCUGUUCAAUAGACAACUUUAUUAUAUUGCAAUGUCAAAACUUUUUAUAGUUAACUCCAAAGGUACUUUAUUACAAACUGUUGAUUUUUAAUUUUUAUAAAAUGUCUUAAUACAAAGA